CUUCAAUUUAUGCCUUACAUGUCAUUGAUAGAACACAACAAGAAAAACAGAAAGAAUAUCUUUAAAAUCUCCUAUUUGUUUGGAGAAGACAAAACACAGAGCAAGAAAGAAGCAAAGAAACAAAAAACAAAAAUGGCACUGAGAAUGUGGGCUUCUUCUACAGCAAGCGCUCUCAAGCUUUCUUCUUCUGUCUCCAAGUCUCAGCUCACUCCUGCUUUCUCCAUCUCUAGAUGCUUCUCUUCAGUGCUGGAGGGAUUGAAGUAUGCAAAUUCACAUGAGUGGGUUAAACAUGAAGGCUCUGUUGCCACUAUUGGUAUUACUGACCAUGCUCAGGACCAUUUAGGAGAAGUGGUGUUUGUAGAACUGCCAGAGGAAAAUGGUUCAGUGAGCAAAGAGAAAAGCUUUGGAGCAGUGGAGAGUGUGAAAGCGACAAGUGAGAUCUUAUCUCCCAUCUCAGGUGAAGUCAUUGAGGUUAACAAGAAGCUCUCAGAAGCACCAGGCUUGAUUAACUCAAGCCCCUAUGAAGAUGGAUGGAUGAUCAAAGUGAAGCCUAGCAACCCCUCAGAGUUAGAAUCUUUGAUGGGUUCAAAGGAAUACACCAAGUUCUGCGAGGAGGAAGACGCUGCUCAUUAAUUAGGAGGGUUUAUCUCUACUUCUAUGUUCCAAAUUUCCUUAUAAAAAAAAUCAUUAAAAGUAUAUCAGUUCUCAUGCAUAUUUUCAUAACCAACACACCAAUGAAUGUAUGGUUCGUUGGUUUUUAAUAUCACAAACAUAUUUUAUACACCAUAGUCUAUGAUUCUUUUUGUUAACAUA